GGAUAAUUGAAUUUUUGAAUCAGCGGUAUAUGUUUAGCUCAGGAGGUUGUUAGAAGUUUCUAUGUUUUUAAAUCAUUAAGAAAAUUUUAAAAACAAAAGUUAAUCGCUUUCAACGGGUGAUUUUGAUAAUAAGAAGUAAUAAUCAAGACUCCGUUUGUUUAAAAUAAUUUAGCGUAAUUUAGAAAAGAAAAAUAAGAUGGCUGAGUUCGUUCAAAGGCACGUGGAGAGAAUAAUUCCAGAGUUAGAGCAAAUGGAAAGAAUUGGGUUAUUCACUAGAGGAGAAAUAAAAAAGAUUAUUCGUAAACGCAGGGCAAUGGAAUACCGACUUCAGAGUAGGCUGAAGACUAAAGAGAACUAUUUGAAAUAUAUUCAGUAUGAAAUAAAAUUACUUAGUUUAAUUCGAAAGCGGCGAGAGAAAAUGAAUUGCUUUUAUAAAAAAAAGGAAAUUGAUAACGCAAUUGCUGUUCGAAUUACAAAACUUUUCAAAGCAGCCAUUUAUCGAUUUCAAAGUGAUGUGAAACUGUGGUUGUCGCAUAUUGAAUUUUGUAAGAGAAUGAAGUGGAAUUUCUCAAUUAGUGGAAUGUUUUCGAGAAUGUUGCAAGUGCAUAACAAAAAUCCUGCUAUAUGGUUAUCUGCUGCAAAAUGGGAAUUGGAAGAAAAUAACGCACCUGAAAAUGCACGUAGCCUUUUGCAACGAGCUAUUCGUUUCCAUCCUGAUGUGCAGCUACUGUGGCAAGAAUAUUAUCGGAUGGAGCUGAUGUACACUGAUCAGAUUCGAAAAAGAAGAGAAAUUCUUGGAGUGAAGGAUACAAGUGAUGUAAAAGAUGCAGUAUUUCAGGGAAAGAUUGCAAUGGUUGUUUUUAACCAAGCAACUGAAACCAUUCCUGAUGUUGAAUUUGCACUGUCUUUUCUUCCUAUCUGUUGUGAAUUUGACUUUACUGAAGAACACGAAAACCAGAUAAUUAAUCACGUGCAAUCUAGGCACGUAGAUAAGGAAAUAGUGUGGCAUGUAAUGGCAAAAAGGAUCUUGGAAAAGAAAAAAGUUUCCAGUCAUGUAGAUGAAAGCUUACCAAAACAUAAAGCUGCUAAACAACUGGAAACUGAAGCAUUUUCAAUUUAUGAGAAGGGUUUACAAAAUAUUCAUACAAAAAAGAUGUGGAGUUUAUAUCUUCAAACAGCAUUAGAAAGACUUCAGAAAUCAAAGUCAGAAAAAUCUCUCAAGAAAAAAAUUGGGAAAAUCUUUGAACUUAUGAAGCGAGCUUCUGAAGAAGACCUUUUGGCCCAAGAUUUGUAUCUUGAAUGGGCUCGACUCUUGAAUACUUUUGAUAAAGUUGAAGAGGCCAAAGAGUUGUCUAUCAGAGUAGCUCAGAAGUGGAGCACAAAUACAGAUGUUUGGCUGUUUUGUAUUCAGCUUCAUGUUCAGUCUAAAACAGUUAAAGAAACUGUUUCAACUUUGUUUAAUGAUGCAAUUAAAAAAGUACCAGAUAAAGAUGCCCUUCCAAUUUGGAAGUUAGGUGUAGAGUGGACAACGGUUGCCUGCCCAGAAAAAUUAAAAGAUCUUUUGGAAAAUGGUAUCGGUGUAAAUUGUCCUGUUAUUAGCCUUCCAAUGAAGGAAUUGUACUUGGAGAUUGUAUCGUUAAAAGAUGGUAUUGCUUCUGCUAGAUGUUUGUAUGGAAGAUUGAAAAAUAUAAGACCACUUUCGUUAGGUUUCUUUAGGAAAAUGAUCAGCAUUGAAAAUGCGCAACUUAAGCCUCCUAUCAAACAUCUCAGAACAUAUUUUGAGGAUGCCCUACUCGAUUUUGGUGAGAUAGACGUUGACCUGUGGAUAGAUUACAUUCGUCUUGAACUUUCACAUGCGAAAGGCAAACCUGAAAAUUGUGGAAAAAUUUACUGGAGAGCUGUCAAGAAAUUAACUCCAGAAAAAGCUGAUGAUUUUGUUAACCAAUUCACAAUGUUGCAGACUGGCCAUGAUAUUUCCCAACCUGAGUAUGCAGAUUGAAAAAUAUGUUGUAUGUACUCAUUCUUAAAAAUAACUUUAUAGUUCCACUUAUUUAUAGUGUUCCUGCUAAUAGAGCUUAUGGAAUUAGCCUAUGCACGUGUAUGUGUGUAUAUAUAUACAUUAUGAAGUGCUAAAACAUGAUUGUAUAUCUACUAUACAGUUAAAUAUAUACUUCAAACCUUGUCUCUACUAUCAGCUAUGGUAUAUUUGUAAGCAGAACAUAAUUUCUACAAGUAUUAAAUAACUUUUAGUGUUAAAUGAUAUGCAUCAUUUCAAUUAGUUUUGGUUGUAUUGUAAUCUUGUUUUGUAAAAAAUAAAAUGUUAGCUUCUCAGUGCGAUUAAUGUGAAGCGUUUCGGACCAAUUUGGUGCAUACUGUUCUUCAAGUUAUAAGAAGUUACUUUAAGAAUGAAUGUUACUAGAUUUAUUACUUAUUUUCAUUCUUUGGUUGUAAAAGUAAUGGCAGACAUGUAUGAUCUUUCUUCAGGUAUAAAGACAACAUUGUGUGUAAAAUGUGUAUUAAAGAUAGUUUAUAUUAAGAAGAAAUUCUGUAGCAACUUUUACUUUAAACAAAUUCUUAGUGUAUAACCUUUGUUCACAGCUGAUUAUCCUAUAGACUUGUUCUCAAACUUUAGGUUCACAACCAUUUUUUGUUUACUUUUUUUUUUGAAGUACAAACUUAGGCCUAAUUUUUUGAAUAUUUUAAAUACAAUGGGAAGAAGUGAUUAUUUUUCCUGACACAGUUGAAUAUGUAGUGUGAUUUUUACCACAUUAAAAAAAAACACUGUGCCUAUGCAAGUGGAGGAUGAGUUUAGAAGUGAGGAUAAUAAUGUAUAUAUAUGGAAGCUCAGUGGGCUUAUUACAAGUUUUAUAAUUUUUAUAUUAAUUUUUUUUGCAUACUACCAUUAUUAGAUCCAUAUACCACAGUUUGAAAACUGACCAAUAUAGACCAACUUAGAAAUUUCAUAUUUUAUGUUUUUCUUUCAUGUCGUAGUAAAAUUUUGUUAGUAGUGUACAGUCAUGUGGCAGAAGGCCAGUUUUCCCUUCAAUAAAUUUAUUCACUAGUCAAACACACAAACUUAACAUUUUUACAAAAUAAGUGUAUGGUCGCGUUUGUAAAUCUAACAAAGUACCUUAGCAUUUACGCUGUAAAUUGUAACUGAGGAGGCUAGAAUUUUGUUUUCUGAAAUGACAGAUGUAAACAUAACACAAAUAUAAUGCUGAAGUUGAGUGAUUUAAAAUGAAUCAUAUAUACAGUGUUUUAUAUUAAUGUUUUGAUCAGCAUAUUCUUUUAAUUGGAUUGUAAAGUUGCUUAAUAUGCUCUAGACUAGUUAACUAUAAUAGUUGAUCAGUCUCUUAAGCCAUCCAAGCAGUGUGCUGUUGCUAGUGGUAGGGCAAAUAGGAUUUUAGGUUGUAUCUACAGAAAUAUUAAAUACAAGUCUAAAGAGGUUAUAAUUUCAUUGUACGUGUCACUGAUUCGGCCACAUUUGGUGUAUUGUAUUUAGUCUUGGGCUCUUACUUUAGGAAUUGUUGGAAAGGGUUACUAGAAUGGUGUCUGGAAUGGAGGGGUUAUCAUAUGAUGAGAGAUUGAGAUCUCUGAAAUUGUUUUCUCUU